GAUCAUUUUGAUCUGGUCUAGCCUGCAGGCCAACAACUUCAGCCUGGCCUGGCCUGCAGGCCAGGCCGAAUAUUAUUUGGACGGAUCAGGCCAGGCUAAAAUUUCAGAAUUCGGCCUGGCCUGGUGGACGGCCUGAGGGCCUGCCAGGCCGGCAGCUCUGAUUGGAACCAGCAUCUGAUGUUGCUCAAUAGGUUUUUAGCUUUAGUAUUAAUCUUUCAUUUUCAAACCAAAUAUUCUCAUUCUUUCUUGACUUCAACUUUGAAAGGUUUUAAAAUAAACCAAAAAAACAAGAAAAAAACAUAUCUUUAAUACUUUUAAGAUAUUUCAAAUCUGUUGAUAGAAAUUUUUCAUGUUUUCAUUUAUUUGAAAACAAUUGAGUUUAUUCUUUGUUCAAUGAAACAUAAUUUUGAUUGAAUUAUUUUAGAAGACGAACAAAAAACAAUAAAAACUUAUUUUUUUUUUGUGUCCUUUUGUUUAGCCACGGAAAGUAUUAAGUGUUCGUGAAAAAAAUCCAAUUGAUGAACAUCCAUUAAAUUAUGAUGAAUAUAAUCCAUUUAAUAUUUGUGCAGCAUCCAAUGUACCACAUUUAUCGUGA